CUCUGCAUCCCUCAGCCCUGGCAGGGGCAGCAGAGCCUCAGGGCCAAGGCCCAGGGCAGCUGCGGGGGCCCAGGCUUUCUUCAAGGAGAGCCGAGCAGCGCGCCUUGGUGUGGUCCUCCCUGGCUCAGAGUGCCAGCUCCGAUGGAUGUCACACACUCAGUGCGCGCUGUCCCUCGGAAGCAGGCCAGCUGUGGCGACCUGCCCUCCUCUUCCUCCUCUAGGUACCGGAAACUUGCCCUGAAGAGCCACCCGAUGAGGUCGAGUGAGCCGGCCGCGGCAGGUGUGUUCAGACAGAUAGCAGAGGCCUACGACGUGCUGAGCGACCCUGUGAAGAGAAGCAUCUAUGACAAGUUUGGAGAGGAGGGCCUGAAGGGUGGCAUUCCUCUGGAGUUUGGAUCCCAGACCCCAUGGACAACUGGCUACGUCUUCCACGGCAACCCUGAGAAGGUGUUCCACGAGUUCUUUGGAGGAGACAACCCCUUCAGUGAAUUCUAUGAUGCAGAAGGGGGUGAUGUGGAUUUAAAUUUUGGGGGGCUCCGGGGCCGAGGAAUCAAGAAGCAGGACCUCCCAAUUGAACGGGAUCUCUACUUGUCCCUGGAGGACUUAUUCUUUGGCUGCACCAAAAAAAUCAAGAUCUCCCGAAGGGUGCUAAAUGAGGACAAGUACUCCUCAACCAUCAAGGACAAGAUCCUGACAAUCGAUGUGAAGCCUGGCUGGAGACAGGGCACACGGAUCACCUUUGAGAAGGAAGGGGACCAGGGCCCCAACAUCAUCCCAGCUGACAUCAUCUUCAUAGUAAAGGAGAAGCUGCACUCGCGCUUCCGCAGGGAGAAUGACAACCUCUUCUUUGUGAACCCCAUCCCUUUGGGCAAGGCUCUUACCUGCUGCACCGUGGAGGUGAAGACCUUAGAUGACCGUCUGCUCAACAUCCCUAUUAAUGACAUCGUCCAUCCCAAGUACUUCAAGAAGGUGCCAGGCGAGGGGAUGCCAUUACCGGAGGACCCCAGCAAGAAGGGGGACCUGUACAUCUUCUUUGACAUCCAGUUCCCCACCCGCCUCACACCGCAGAAGAAGCAGAUGCUGCGCCAGGCGUUGCUGACCUAACUCUGGGGGGCCACGCUGCCCUGCAGCCCCUGCCCACGUGACAAGGGGGCGGGACGGCACAAUAAAGAUUUAUUUCCUGUCCUCAGCGAGGCCCUGGAGUGUGUGCCAGGGAGCCACUUCCUGUGAGUCCUUCCUUUGGGGCUCAAGAUGCCGGGGACUGGAAGUCCUGGUUUGGCUUUACUUGGGCAGGACCUUGAGCGUCCAGAGCCUUUGUCCUGCUCCCACCUUGGUAUCCAGGGCCAGGGAUGUGUGGCCCCAGGGUCUCCAGCUCUGCUCUGACAUUUUGUGAUACAUGAUCUGUGUGUGUGUGUGGUGUGCAUGGUGGUACUGGAGCUUGAACUCAGGGCCUGAGUACCGUCCCUU